AACAAAGAAGUCGCCUUUCGUCCUUCGCAUGGAACCUGUGCGCUCCACGCUCCAGACCCUGCUACUUUCCGUUCUGCUGGUCCUCUGCAGGCCUUCGGGACGUGAUCUCAGUGUCAUCAAACGCUCCUUAUCGUUGUUUGAAAAAUGCAUGCCGGACUUAGGCUGCUUCCGCAAUGGUGGUAACUGGUUUCACCUGCUCUACCGACCGGUGUCAGCGUUGCCUGAUGACAGAGACGUAGUCAACACUACAUUCCUUCUGUACACCCGCGACAACCCGUCUAUCCACGAGUACCUCGUACCGUCUAGUCACUACGAUUUGCUCAAUACACAAUUCAACCCGCGGCGUCCGACGAAGCUUGUGGUGCACGGGUACAUGGACAACAUCGUCAUCGGCAAGUGGUUGUUUGACAUGAGGGAUAAGAUUUUACAAGCAGAAGACGCCAACGUCAUCAUCGUCGACUGGAAAGGAGGCAACCUCCUGCCUUAUCCAAGGGCGACUGCCAACACCCGUGUUGCCGGCGCUGAAAUCGCUCAUCUCAUUCGAGUUCUAGAGUCUGUAACAGGUGCCAAGCAAGAGUCUUUUCACUGCAUUGGCCACAGCCUUGGUGCUCAAAUUUGCGGCUAUGCCGGGCAACGUCUGGCGAGACUGGGACGCAUAUCAGGGCUUGAUCCAGCAGGGCCGUUCUUCCACCACAUGCAUCCUGAGGUGCGGCUCGAUCCCAAGGAUGCACUUUUUGUGGACGUGAUCCACUCCGACGCUAGUCACCCAUUCAUGAUGAUUGCAGGUUUCGGAAUGGAUGAAAUGGUGGGUGAUUUGGACUUCUACCCCAACAAUGGCAACCGUCAACCUGGAUGCCAAAAAUAUAACUUCAGAAAGUUCGUCAGAAAAGGAGGCCUUAUCGAUGGCAUGCGACGGUUCAGUUCGUGCGACCACAUCCGUGCCUUGGAUUACUACCUGGAAACAAUCACCAACGAAUACCGCUGCCUUCCUGUGGCCGUCUCCUGCGCUUCCUGGGACAACUUCGUUGCGGGUCAGUGCAGUCACUGCGACUCUGAGCACGCCGAAUGCGCGGUCAUGGGCUACCACUCGGACAAGCUGCGGACGAGGAGGCGCGCUGGACACAAGCGGAAGCUCUUCCUUCAAACCAACGACGAGGAACCUUUUUGCUUGCACCAGUACAACGUGGCUGUGAAGAUGUCGCGCACUCCCAAGAGAGCCGUCUGGGACGCAUUCGGAGAGAUCUACUUGCACGUCAAAAGCAAACUGAACGAUGGUAUCGUCAGGCUCAGUCGAAGGCCUCAGGACAUACGUGGAGGACGACAGUACAACUACUAUUUUACGACCCGCGAAAAAAUGGACAGCACUAAAGCAGUGGGUCUGCGAUGGAGCAAUCUGGACCCUGAAGUCGACAAUCGAUUGUUCGUGCACUCUGUCAAGAUUCGCCCCUUCGACAGCUACUUCAAACGCGGAAAACACCUCAGAAAUACCGUCUACUGCGCAAACAAUAGCCAUGCCUUAGCGCCGGGCGAAGAGAUGUUUCUGGAAGGAACGACAACGUGUCCAGACUUCUAAGUAACACCAAAGGUCAGAGUCGAAGACCACUUCCUGCCUCCAACAGCUGAACGCGGUACCAGUUUGGAGCUGCAUGUGUGAAGCUCGCUCUGAACGUGCCAUUCAUGCUCAUCUGAUCAACAGAAGUCAUCGCUUGCAGUGUUCUCUUUAAUGUGCCUAUUAGAGCCUUAUUUUAGCCUUGUCUCCGUGUGCCUGGGUACGUGGUACCCGUGGUACUAGGAGCGAAAUCUACCAACUAACAAGGCUGAGGUCUUCCAGGCUGCAACAGCGCGCAACAACUCUUCAAGUACCUGCAAGUACUACGGGCUGUUCGCUUAUAGCAGCUGAACCAUUGACUGACGACAUUAUUCCGUGACAUAGCAUCAUUUUCCUCAUGGACUUUCUUCUUGUGCCGUUCUACGACUCAAUCCACACUGCCAUCUUUAUGUGACUUCCCAUCGUUGCAACUGCCAUAAUAAUACUCAUCGACUCUCACUUCGACGAUCUGGCAUCCAACCACUUCCGAAGCUAAUUUGAAGGUGUGAUAAUAUCGUGCUGUCAUCUAUGUGAACCGUUGCUUGUGGUUAUUGUGAACAGCGUUUGGUGAACUGUGAUACUCGUUAGGACAUUGGUUUGAUGGUGAUGAUGAUGAUGACUCGUUUGAAUGAAAUGAUUUGUCGAUUGA